AUGUGGUACUUUGUCGCAUGCUGCAUAGUGCUGCUAUUGUUAUGGCUCCACCUCGACAACCUGAGACCGGCUAACUUCCCGCCCGGUCCGAAAUGGUACCCGAUAGUCGGCAGCGCGCUCUCGCUCAUGUCCGCCCGCAACAAAACAGGAAUGCUGUGCAAGGCGGUCGAGCGCAUUGCCUUCGAUUACCCCGAGCAUCGAGGGGUCAUUGGCUUCAAGAUCGGCAAAGACAUGGCGGUGAUGGCGGUUACGGCCGAAUCGCUCAAGGAGAUGAUGAACAACGAAGACUUUGACGGACGGCCAACGGGCAUCUUCUACGAAACGCGCACCUGGGGUCUCCGGCGCGGAGUUCUGCUCACUGACGAGCAGUUCUGGCAAGAGCAGCGACGCUUCAUCGUCCGCCAUCUGAAGGAAUUCGGCUUUGCCCGGCGCGGAAUGACGGAGAUCAUCCAGAACGAGGCGGCCUUCAUCCGCAAGGACUUCGAGGAGCUGAUAGCGCAGAGCGGCGACGGAUGCGCCGUGGUGCAGAUGCAGGGCGCCUUCUCCGUGUACGUCCUCAAUACGCUGUGGCUCAUGAUGGCCGGUGUGCGGUACGGGAAGGACAACAGCGACCUGAAGUACCUGCAGUCGCUGCUGCACGAACUGUUCGUCAACAUCGACAUGAUGGGUGCGCUGUUCAGCCACUUCCCGUUCCUGAGGUUCGUAGCUCCGCGACUCUCCGGCUACCAGCAGUUCGUGGAGAUCCACGAGUGCAUGCACCGGUUCAUAGGGGCCGAGGUGGAGCGCCAUCAGCGCAACUUCAAUCCCGACGACGAACCACGUGACCUGAUGGACGUGUACCUGCGGACGCUGGAGAACAACAACGCACCGUCGGACAGCUUCUCCCGCGAACAGCUGCUCGCCGUUUGCCUGGACAUGUUCAUCGCCGGCUCGGAGACGACCACCAAAACUCUCGACUUCGCCUUCCUGUACAUCGUGCGCAAUCCACCGGUCAUGCGCCGGAUACAGCAAGAAAUCGACGAGGUUGUCGGCCGCAGCCGGCUACCAACACUGGAGGAUCGUCCAAACAUGCCAUACUGUGAAGCAGCGACCCUGGAAGGAUUGCGUUUGUUCAUGUCGAAUACAUUCGGUAUUCCACAUCGAGCACUAAAGGACACCAAACUCUGCGGUUACGACAUUCCCAAGGACACCAUGCUGAUAGGCAUGUUCCGCGGGAUGAUGCUGGACGAGAAUCUUUGGGAAAAUCCGACCCACUACGUGCCGGAGCGAUUCUUAAAGGACGGCAAAAUACACAUCCCGGCGCAGUACCAUCCCUUCGGUGUGGGAAAGCACCGGUGCAUGGGUGAGCUGAUGGCCAAAAGUAACCUGUUCCUGUUCCUGACGACCACACUGCAGUCGUUCGAUCUGCUGCUGCCCAAGGGAGAGCCCUUUCCGUCGGAUGUACCGCUUGACGGAGCGACACCGAGCGUCCGGAAGUACCACGUUGCCAUCCGUCCCCGCUGA